AUGUCAAAUUAUAAACCAAUCAAAACGCGAAGAGCGUGCUGUAGAAAGAGAAAGGACGUGACGAAGGACAAAGUCAAGAGAAGUGGCGACAAAAAGACUUGCUUGUUUAGAAGAAAAAGAAAAGGUUUUCUGAAUUUCCAUAUGGGCGCUUCCCGUCAAGAAGGCGAACACGAAAGUUCGUUCUUUCUUUCUUUCUUUUUUCUCUUUUUCUCUCUUUUCUCUUUCUCUCUUUUCUUUCUCUCUCUCUUUCUUUCUUUCUUUCUUUCUUUUCUUAUUCAUUUACCUUCUCCUUUAUUUCUUAUUUAUUUCCUCUUUUCUUUUCGCCCUCACUUCCUCUUUCUUCUUUUUUCUUUCUUUUCUUUCUUUCUUUCUUUCUUUCUUUCUUAUUCCAUUACCUUCUUUUAUUUCCCUCUUUUUUACUGUUCCCCACCUUCCAUUCUUUCUUUCUUUCUUUCUUUCUUUCUUUUCUUUCUUUUCUUUCUUUCUUUCUUUUCUUUUUCUUAUUCCAUUACCUUCUCUUUUAUUUCCUCUUUUUCUGUUCCCACCUUCCAUUCUUUCUUUCUUUCUUUCUUUCUUUCUUUCUUUCUUUCUUUCUUUCUUUCUUUCUUUCUUUCUUUCUUAUUCCAUUACCUUCUCCUUUAUUUCUUAUUUAUUUCCUUUUUUUCCUGUUCUUCCAUUUCCUCUUUCUUUCUUUCUUUCUUUCUUUCUUUUCUUUCUUUCUUUCUUUCUUUUCUUUCUUAUUCCAUUACCUUCUCCUUUAUUUCUUAUUUAUUUCCUCUUUUUCCUGUUCACCCCCCCCCCUUCCGUUCCUCUUUCUUUCUUUCUUUCUUUCUUCUUUCUUUCUUUCUUUCUUUCUUUCUUUCUUAUUCCAUUUUCUCUUUAUUUCUUUUUUACUGUUUCCCCUUCCAUUCUUCUUUCUUUCUUUUUUCUUUCUUUCUUUUUUCUUUCUUUCUUUCUUUCUUAUUCCAUUACCUUCUCCUUUAUUUCUUAUUUAUUUCCUCUUUUUCCUGUGCACCACACUCCAUUUCUUUCUUUCUUUCUUUCUUUCUUUCUUUCUUUCUUUCUUUCUUUCUUUCUUAUUCCAUUACCUUCUCUUUAUUUCCUCUUUUCCUGUUCCCCACCUUCCAUUCUUUCUUUUUUCUUUCUUUUUUCUUCCUUUUUUCUUUUUUCUUUCUUUCUUUCUUUCUUAUUCCAUUACCUUCUCUUUAUUUCCUCUUUUUUCCUGUUCCCCCACCUUCCUUUCUUUCUUUUUUUCUUUCUUUCUUUCUUUCUUUUCUUUCUUUCUUAUUCCAUUACCUUCUCCUUUAUUUCUUAUUUAUUUCCUUUUUCCUGUUCACCCCUUCCAUUCCUCUUUCUUUCUUUCUUUUCUUUCUUUCUUUCUUUCUUUCUUUCUUAUUCCAUUUCUCUUUAUUUCCUCUUUUUCCUGUUCCCCCACCUUCCAUUCUUUCUUUCUUUCUUUCUUUCUUUCUUUCUUUCUUUCUUUCUUUCUUUCUUUCUUUCUUAUUCCAUUACCUUCUCUUUAUUUCCUCUUUUUCCUGUUCCCCACCUUCCAUUCUUUCUUUCUUUCUUUCUUUCUUUCUUUCUUUCUUUCUUUCUUUCUUUCUUUCCUGUUCACCACCUUCUAUUCUUUCUAUUCAUGAAAUGUAA